AGAAAGGAAAUUAAUCUCAGGAAAAACUGCAUCCUCUGUUGUUCUUCGAAAGUUUUCAUUGGGCCUCUCUACUCGGACUGAUAUCCAUCCCUGAUGCCCGCCUGGCCAUCUGAACCAAACCCACUUGCAUUCAAGCAAAGGGAAAUCUAUGGGAUGGGAUCGUUUUCAGGAUAACAGGCUAUGAUGCUCAUUUCCUGUACGAAGGGAGGGAAAGCACCGGCAAGGCAACCAGCAGCAAACACACAUUCCUGGAAAGAUUGCGCCAUAGACCCAGUAAAGCUGCCAAACUGGUGAGACUGAAGACAAGAAGCCCAUCACUUCAGCACAAGGAAGGAUCAUCUUUGGCUUCCAAUAAGGUUAAUUUCUGAGCCAGGAUGGGAGAGCCUGAGCCCCUCUUUCCUUUCAACGAAUACGGGGAGUACCACAACUUGACAGAGCUCGUCCACCUGCUCAACUACACCUUCAACCACUGCCACUUGGAGCUGAAUGAGAACAUAAAGCGGGUGUUCCUCUUUGUCCUCUACCUCAUCAUCUUUGUGGUGGGGUUGGUGGAGAACCUCUUGGUCAUCUGGGUAAAUUGGCAGACUCGAAGCCACAAGAACCUGGUCAACCUCUACAUCUUCAACAUGGCCAUUGCAGACUUGGGGAUGAUCCUUUCCUUACCUGUCUGGAUGCUGGAAGUCAUGCUCAAUUACACCUGGCUCUGGGGACGCUUCCUUUGCCACUUCACCCACUACUUUUACUUUGCCAACAUGUACAGCAGCAUCUUCUUUCUCACCUGCCUCAGCAUUGACCGCUAUGUGUCCUUGACGGCCUCCUCCCACUUCUGGCACCAACACCAGCACCUUGUGCGGCGCAUUGCUUGCUGCUGCAUAUGGGCCUUUGCUGCCAUCCUUCCUUUACCAGAGGUGGCCCACAUGGAGCUAAUUGAGGAUAUCGAGCCAGUGUGUUUCUUCAUGGCCCCCCUUGAGACCUACAAUGAAUGGGCCCUGGCUCUCACCUUUCUCACUGCCUUCAUUGGCUUCCUCAUUCCCUUCUCCAUCAUGGCAGUCUUCAACAUACUGACAGCCAGGCACAUCAAGCGCGGCAACAAGCCCGAGGGCAAGAAGCACUGCCGCCUCAUCUAUGCUUACAUUGCCGUCUUCCUUGUCAGCUGGCUGCCAUUCCACCUGGUUUUGUUUUUACUGAUGCUCGAAGGCACCAGCAUCUUCCUCCACUGCCACUUGAUUCAAUUCCUCUACUUCUUCUAUGACAUCAUAGACUGCUUCACCCUCCUCCAUUGCGUGGUCAACCCCAUCCUGUACAACUUCCUAAGCAAGAACUUCCGAGGCAAGCUCAUCUCUGCUGUGGUCAGGUACAUCCCCAAAGACCAAAUGGAUCAAAACGGGGGAGAGAGUUCCUCCUCUAACACGCAGCAUUCCAUUGUCAUCACAAAAGAGAACAUCUCACCAAAUUAAAGCGGCUCUUCCCAUCCUUCAUUUGGUUGGCUGCGCACUCAGACAUUUUCUCUCACCGACAAAGGGCAGGCAUCAUUAAGACGCUCUCCCCAUCAGUGCUUCUUGAAAUCUUGGGAGGCAAGAGGCAUACAGGGGGAAAUAUGGGGAAUGUGAUAUGCUGCUGGGCCGGUGUCAAACCUACUAAAUUGUUUAAAUCGAGAGAGAGGUUUUUGUAUUAAUGCUCCUCCACACACCCCACACCCAAUAACAACAGUAAUAAAUGUUCUAUUUUCUGCUGCCCUGUAAUUGAACAAUGGUUAUUGGGAAGAUAUACAUUUCUGUGAAUUUCCUCUCUUAUUCGGGCAGAGCUUUGAAUGCAAAUUACAUUCUGAAAACAUGAGGAUGUCCUACGCAUGGAACAGAAUGGUGCACACCUGUCUAGGCAACAUGGCAUCCAUACUAGAAUUGUGCCCUUGCAAGGGUGGGAUGAGCACUACCCACAUCCUUUUGUGAGCAUUCAGCUAGUUACUUCUUGUGGCUGGGGAGUCAGGAUACGAACAACUCAGUUCUAGUAAUUUGCACCCAGAGGCAGCCUUUUGUUCCAAACCAGUGAAAUUUGCUGAGGUGUCUCCAGAGAUUUUCACGCACAGAGAUACCAGCCUGUGAGAUUGAAAAAGUGUUGGAGAGCAUUGCUGGCAGCAGUGCCCUCACUAGUGCUGGGGCUUGGAAACUCUCCUGAGCCUGAGAGAAUGCACAGCCACCUUGACGUUUUGCAUCGGCUGUAAAAGCCCCCAGCCUGACACUUGCCACUGACACUGUCUUCUAUCCUUUGCAUCUUGCUACAGCUAAAAACAUUUGUCUCUACCUGCUGGCUUACUUCCUCUCUGGCUCCUGGCCAUUUCCCAUCAGGGAAACACCCCUAACCGAUACAUAAGAGUUUCCUUUUUAUACCUUGAUUUUCCGUAUUUGGGUCUACUAACUACUCUAACUGUUCCCAGUAACAAAUACUAAGUCCUGCCCAUUGAUUAUGUGUGGUAAGGAUUGCACAGAACAUAAAAACAGCAUGGGCAGGGCCACGGAGAGCUGGCACUGGGCCCGGGGCAAGAUGCAUGUUCGGGGGGCACUCCCUAAAUCUUCCUACAAAUCAAAUGUUACUUUCUUUAAACAAGUUUUUUACUGACUUAGGUUUAACUGAGGGCGAGAAAGAUUGAAAAUAAAUGAAAGACAUUUGUCAAAAUGGGAUAGUUAAUAUGUUUAUUAGAAAUAACACUGUUCACCAACCCAAGUUAAAAUAAUAAACCAAACAUUUUUCAUACUACCGCAUUAUAAAACUACUGAAUUGGUCGUGUUAAUACGGUUCUGUUAAUGGUGAACUGGGACCUAGGCCUACUACUAAUAGUUCUGGUCUCAAGGCAUAUGUUGCACUUUGCCAUGUCUGAUUCAUAUUAAUAAAUGUUGGUGCUUAGUUUUUAAAUUUAUUUUAUUUCUUUAACAAAAUUUACAUAUUGCUUGAUCGUUAAAAAAAAACCUCUAAGCAGUUUACACACACACAAAAAUUAUCAAUAAAGAAGUUUUAAAAAAGCAAUUAAAAUAUGUUUAAAUCAAUUAACAUAGCAACAGACUAAAAAGAUUAAAACACAUCAGCAUCUAUGCAUCUAGACAGGCUUGCAAGUUCCAAAAAGAAUACAGCAAAAGCACCUGCCUGAUGUUAGUGGGCAGGGAGUUCCAAAGAGUAGGUGCUGCCACACUAAAAGAAUGAUUUCUUACAAGAGUGGAAGAGUAUUAUGUGGCACCUGUAACAGUGCCAGUUCCAUAGAUUGAAGCACUCAGAUGGGGACAUAUGGGAUAAGGCAGUCCUGCAAGUAAACUGGUCCCAAGCUGUUAAGGGCUUUAUAUACCAAUAGUAACACCUUGAACUUGGCCUGGUAACAAGACGACAACCAGUGCAGAUCCCUGAGCAGAGGUGUUAUAUGCUGACAGGGUCUCACUCUUGUUAGCAAUUUGGUUGUAGCAUUCUGCACUAUCUGCAGUUUCCAGGUCAAGUGCAAGGAAAGCCCCCUUCAUAGAGUCACUGCAGUAAUCCAGUUGUGAAGUCACUAAUGCAUGAACUACUAUGGUCAGGCUCUCCCUGUCCAGGAACAGUUGUAGUUGUCUUACCAGGCACAGCUGAUAAAAGACACUUUUAGCCACUGAGACUACUGAGACUCCAGUGAUAGAGCUAGAUCCAGAAGCACCCCCAAACUGCAUACCUGCUCUUUCAGGGGGAGUGCAACCCCAUGCAGGGCAGGCAACUGACCAGUUUUCUCAGACACGGGAACCGACUCACCCACAGUGCCUCCAUCUUGCCAGGAUUCAAGCUCAGCUUAUAUCCUUCAUCCAUGUCACCACUGAGUCCAGGUACUGGUCUAGGAUCAGCACAGCCUCUCCUGAUUCAGAUGUAAUGGAGAAAUAGAGCCUUGCCACCAAACUCCUAAUGACCACUCCCAAUGGCUUCAUAUAGAUAUUACUGUAAAUAGCAUUGGGGAUAAGAUGGUACCCUCCAGCACCCCAUAGCACAACUGCCAGGGGGCAGAAAGACAAUCACCCAGUGCUACUCUCUGGACUUGGUCCUGUAGGUAGGACUGGAACCACCAUAACAUGGCACCCCCAAUUCCCAUUGCAUGGAGCGGAUCCAAGAGGAUACCAUGGUCAAUUAUAUCUAGGGUUUCCAGGUCUCUGGUUUUCACCUGGAGACUCUGGAUUUUGGGGUCCUCUUUGGGUUUCCGGGUGAGUCAACCCAAUCUCUGGACUCUCAGCUUUCAUCUAAAAAAAUUAAGUUUCUAGGUAGUCUGGUUCAAAAGAUAUAUACCAAAACGUCAGCUGCUCCCCCAACUUCUGUUAAAUGAGCUUGUAGCUGGCUGCUCUAACCCUGCCCUUUCAUGUUUGUAGCCAAUGAGUGAAGUCAGGGUUAUGAUUGACAAGGGAUUUGUUGACUUCCAGGCAAUAGCUAGAACUCAUUGCAGGGCCAGAAAACUGUUUUUUCCUGCUUGUCUGAAAAUCUCAUAAAUUGAGUGAGUUUAUAGCUUUCAGCAAUAGUGAAGUCCCUUUCUCUGUGUGUGCAGGAGAUGUAGAAUAAAAAAUCACAGCAGAAAUUUGGCAGGCAAUUGUUUACUGUAAACAAUUUCAGGUAUGAUUAUAAUAAAAGUCUACAUGCAGUUUUUUAAUUACUUGCAAAAAUAGCAUAUUUUCCAUUUUAUCUUUCAAAUAAUUUUUGAAUGGAAAUUUAAAAGAAUUGUGCAUGCACUUUAUGAUGCCAUUACAAUGUGUUAUACUUUUCUAAUUAUGAGGAGUUAAACAAGUUUAAAUAUUCCUGGGCUGUUGAAGAGGAGAGUUUGUCUUAUUCAUAACCUGUUUUGAAAACCUUCCCAAUAUGAAGCUUUAAUCCUAUACUUGCUUUUCUGGAAAUAAAGCUGCAAUGCUAAUCCCACAUACCGGCAGUAAACCCCUUUGAAUUCAAUAGGGCUUACUUUUGAGUAGACAUGGUUAGAAUUGUGCUGUAAAUCAAUGGGACUUUUAAGUGAACAUUUUUACAUCUCCUGUGUGUGUGUGUAUGGAGUCUUUCCAAAAUCCUGUGAAGUACGGUUGCCAAUUGGAAACCAAGGCAAAUCACAACAAGAAAUAAAUCAAUUUAAAAUCCAAUAAUCAUAAAACUAGUAUAAAACAGUUGCAAAACACCUUAAAGUGCCAUAAUUCUGAAUUUUUGGUUGGGUGAGUACCUUAUCACUUGAGGUUGAUGCAUGCUUCCCUGGUUUCUGAGUGAACAUGCCUAGGAUUGCACUAUAAAUAUCUUUACAGGUUGUGUAAAUAUCUUUGACAGUCAUGCUCAUAAAAUAUUUCUUCAUACUUUGUCCCAAUAAGUAUCUGAUUUCACACUAUGCUUGUACCCGAUUAUUUCCUCCAAAUGUUAAGUGUGCCCUUCUUCCUUGGGGUGGUCAUGGUUCCCCUCUGUUGUUUUCACUCAGAGAGGCAGAUUAGUUCAAGAGAUGGUGAGUAGCCCAUGGUCACUCAGUAAACUUUGUAGCUGAUUUCCAUUUUUAAAAAAUUUAAUUGAAAUGGUUUACAUGCAGGCCAAGUUUAUGGAGUAGAUACAGAAUACAUUUAAAGCACAUCCAACUCGCAUUUAAAGCACAUGUCUUGUCCCAAAGAAUCCUGGGAAGUGUGGUUUCCCCCUCAGUUAUAGUUCCCACCACCCUUAACAAACUGCAGUUCUCAUGAUUCUGUGGUGGGAUUCAUGUGCUUCAAAAGUGUUGAAUGUGCUUUAAAUGAAUUGUGUGGAUCUGCCCUAGGUAUGCUGUGCAUUCAUUA